AUGGAGGUGCCUCCAGAAGCUCUCAGAGAGCACACAGCUUCGAGAUUGCCCUCGUACCGCUUCCUGGAUAUCAAGACGACAGGCCCGGUCGUUUCGGUCUCACCUAGAGCGAUGCACGGCCACGAUAAACUCCAGGUACAGGCUUCACGGCCCAGCAACGAGCCAGCUAGUUCUACCACCAGCAACCUCAUAAAACCUCCUUCUGCUAAAGAUACCGUGCACAACCGCACCCAUUCUGCGAGCACCAUCUCGACUCCCCAAAAGCGCGAUCCUCCCAAGGCACGACCGCAGACGCUUCCCUAUCCCAGCAUUCCUGGCGCUCUCGAGUCGUCCAUUCAACCGGCGCCGACCUCCACGCCCAGAGCACAAAAGGCAAGAAAUGUCAGCAGGGACGUUGGGAAGGGGCCGCCCAGAGCAAUGAUUACCCAGCGAUCGUACAAAGUCGAGAACUCGAGCAGCUCUUCCACCACCGACUGGGUCGCACAGCAGCAGUCGAUUUCCACCGGUGACGGCGACGGUGACGAGGAACACCCGCCGCAGGUUUCCGCACAACCACAAACAUCACGCCCCGUUGCAGACAGCGCGCCAGGAAGACCUCUCAUCAAACCCAUUCGUGGCUUUAAGCCUUCGACACGCAAAAGCGUCGAGAUGACUGCGCGCCGCACUUCGAUGGAUCCGGACAGUACGCUGAGAGCGCUGGACGGGUUUGAGAAUUCACCAAGGAACCCAAACCAGACCGAGCAGGACGAGCACAAUAGCGAUGAUAGUGAUUUAUUUCUACGAGCAGCGAGGGAGGAGGAGUUGGCGCGACAGGCCAGCAACACGAAUGGAGAUGGUCUGAGCCGCUCCGAUAGCAGAAGGUCCCGAAUCGGACAUCGCGCAUCUCUCCCACCUUCAAGCAAUCAGUACCAGCCCUCGAUAUCUCGUCGCCGUGGCUCUGAUAAUGAGAGUCUCAAUGGUUCUCGUCUGGUCGACGAGCAAGAGGGCAUUUCUCAGGCAUUGACUUAUCGUCCAGCUGCCAGGGACCGCCCUUCUGCGCUCGAUGAUAUCAAUAGAAGCCGAUACUUUGCUGCGAACUCUCGAUCUACCCCCACCACUCCAAGGGGGCUGGGAAGUAGAGAGAUAUCCCCGGAAUCACAGACGCCUUAUGGUGGACGCAGACCCUCUGCCCCAGACGCCGCACCACCUUCACGCACCUCCUCAUACCGCCAAUCGAAUCUGUCAUAUUCGACCCCUCGAACUUACAAUUCGUCACCUCUGGUCUCGCGUACAAUGGACGUGCCUGACACCCCUGAGACACCCCGUGCAGCAGAAGGAACAGAGUCUACUGUAUCAACAACAGCUCCAUCCACUGUCUGGGACGAGUUAGAAGACCUCAAGUCACGUAUACAUAGACUUGAGUUAACAGGAAAGUUACCGGCCACAUCUGGAGCUGCAAUGUCUCGUGCCUCCAACGAACGACCGCCCACUGCAACUACGACCGUCACCACCAUGUCCUCAUCCCCAAAGAGGGGACGAGGAAAUAGCAUCUCGCCAACGGAAGCUGUCCCAACUGAUAAGCCUGCCGAGGCUCACCCACUCCUUCAUGCAGCUCUUGCGAAAUCCAAACCAUUACUGAGCACCGAGGUAUAUAAAGCCUUGGAGGCCACUGCCGCGGACGCUCUAGCGAUCGCGUCUAUGAUGGGAAGCUCUGGCCAGCCUGGACCCAUCUCAAGCUCACAGUCCACCAUUGGAGGAACAUCUUCGGUCUCAGAUCGACAGGUUCGUCGGAAAGCCGACAGUAUGUGCCGAAGCUUAACGGAGUUGUGUCUGGCAUUGUCCGAAGGAAAGACUGAGCAGAGCAUGCCUGUUGUCAAUCAAGUUGCGUUGCAGCCGACCAGCCGUGAUAAUGAACUUCGUGUCAACCCAGAAACAGCCAACAACCAGCGCCAACUGGUAACGACUGAUCUUACCAGGGUGAAAUCCAGUCCAAGAGCUCUGAGUCGUCUAGAGGCACGACGAAGUAGCCUUCUUGCGACGAGUGCAUUACCAAGCCCUCGUCACGCACCUUCAGAAGCCGGUACUCCUACUCAGAGUUCGAUGGCUGGACGUCGAACAUCAUUGCUCCUUCGAAGUCGACGUGGCGGCACUGAGGAACCUGAAGAGGAAGACGAUACCCGGUUCCGCGCACCUUCUAGAGCAGUUACUGAGCUUGGAAGGAUCAGAAACUCUCCGAGAGAGUACACUUCUCAACAACCGCUUCCCGAGAAGUCAGCUUCUGUGCAGUCUUCUUUGCCGGUCAGGAGGCAUUACACAUCAACAAAUCUCACGAACAAUAGUGUCCCCCCAACGCCGCCGGUCUCGAGUUUAGGAGGCAGAAAAUACCUGGACCGGUCAACACCUGAGAGAGACACCACCAGUGUUGUGGGAAGAUUGGCUGAGGAUCGUGGACAAAGAAAAUCGUCAAUUGGCCAAGGCUUUCCAUUAGGAAGAACAGGUAGCCUAAAUCGAAGGAGACAGCCUACAUCAAACGACUCAUCUGCCGGACAGCAAAAUGGGUACCAAUGA